AUGGCCUCGCGCGCCGCGUACCGCGCCGAGCGCCUCGGCACCUGCGGGCAAGGCCAGGGCGGCGGCGAGCCCCGCGCCGAGGGCGAGCGGCGCCUCGAGGGCGAGCGGCGCCUCGGCCCCUUCGCGCCCCGCGCCCGCGAGGCCUUCGCAUACCCAGGCGCCCCGGGCGCCGUGUGCCCCUGCAGCCUGGGCACCUGGGUGCGGGCCCAGGGCGACACCUACCAGGUGGUGGCCGACGUGAGCCAGUUCGAGCCCCCCGACAUCGUGGUGACCGCGUCCAACUGCCACGUGGCCAUCCAGGCCGAGAAGGUGGCCGAGGACGGCACCGUGUGCGACACCUUCACCCACAAGUGCCAGCUGCCCGAGGACAUGGAGCCGCUGUCGGUGCGCUGCGCCCUCACCGAGGCGGGCACGCUGGUGAUCACGGCGCGGCGCCGCGCCGGCGCCCGGCCCGGCGAGCCCCCGCAGCCACGCUACCGCAGCGAGGCCACGCUCUGA